AUGUUCGCGCCGACGGAACAAACCGGUUUCCUUGAUGGCCGGCUUCUUCAGGGUUGCUUCCGGGAGUCGGAAAGGUGUGAAAUCGUCGGUUUGAGUCUCGAAGGGCUUCGCAAUGCCCUAGUCGAAAGCUUCCACGCGCAUAUGACGGCUUUGAUCGAGGAGAUCAAGACCUCGGGCUGCAUUCUCCGGGACCUCGCCGACAAGUCCCAGGUGCAUUACCAGCGUGUCCCCAUUGUCAUGCACUACCUCGAUGUCGUCCUACCCUGUCUCUCCAAGUCGCUACGCGACAUCACCGAGUACAUCGACGACCGGACGUCCUCCAAGGAAAUUCGAUGGCGGAAGAUGUACAACAAGAUGACCGAGGAGGGCGGCGGCAUUCCGCUCCCUCAGAGAUUUGUGCUCUACAACCAUUACUUGAGACUACUUCACCAAUUGCUUACAAGGAACCCGAAUUUUGAUCUCAACACUUUGGAAUCGCUCCGGAAUCGUAUCUUGGAACUACGCGAAAAGAGGGGCAUUGCCCAUACGCCUCAUACACAGAGUACAUCUGGCGCACUUAUACGGCCAGAGAUGAUCCUUGCGCCAAUGGUCCCAGAACCCAACGCACACUGGGCCGAGCAGAUCUUUUCCCUCCCCCUGCCAUCACGGACGGCCUUCCAAAACCCACGGAGAUCAAAGUCGUUCGGACCCCAUCAACAGGCGGCCCAAGUGCCCAUGCCUCCAGAGUCGAAAGUCUUGUUCCGAAGGAAAUUCGACAACGAUUCGCUAGCACUCAUUGCCUACAUCAAUUCCUCAAACCAGGCGCCGUAUCUAAUCAUGCAGCCCUACCAUAUGGGUUCUCAGUGGUUUUCCAUUCGAGGCGUCCACGAACUCUGCAUCCACCGCGACCACUGCGCAGUUAAUCUCCGUCGCUGGAGUCGAAGAGAAGGAGCCGCCAAGUUGUGGGCUUCUCUCUACUUCAUCACCUGGGAGGAAAUGGUGCUUUUUCAUUGCACUUUCGCCUCACUCAAAGCGCGAAACUCGUUGACGCUAGAGGUUGACUCGGAUGAGUACGUCUUGAAGGGCGAGAAGCGUCUUUUCCAAGCUCAAAUCAUCGAUGACGGGUUUAAGCAUUCAUUGAUCGUGUACGAAGACCGCGAGACCAAAGGCAUGAGGCUUCAUGCUGCAGUGUGGGACGGCGAGCUGCGACAAUGUCCCGUCUGGACGGCCUUUAUUACCCAUCAAUGCACCUCGCCAACAUGGCUUGAGAAAAAGUCAAGAUAUCGUAUCUGGCUAAAGGACGUCCAGCUCUAUGUCUUCUGUCAGGAGUACCGGCAGCACAAGCAGCGUAGGAACCGAGAGGGUGCAUUCGAGCUGAACUUCAUCAACGAAAAGGCUUGUUGCAAGUUCAGGGAUCUCUUUUAUCCACCGCCCUCGCCGGCAAGCAACGCGGAUUCGGACAAUAAUGCGGGAUCUUCUUAA